GGUGUUAAUGUUAACUGCAGUAACUAUGAAUGUUUAUGGUUUUUUUGAACGUGGGUAGUUAGUUUUACUAAUGAAUGUUUAUGGCAUUCAUCGAGACUUUCUUCUUAAGCGACAACUACAAGUCAAGCAAACUUCCAAGCUUACAGUCCCCCUGUUCCUUCUUCUCUAAUCCAAUGGCGAAUCCAAAAUCCAAAUCCAAACCCGAAGCAAAAUUCCGACCCUUCAUCGAACAACUCGCCGACUUCAAUUUCACCGGCAACUCAUCUUCCCUCCCCCAUUUGCGAGCGCCCAUCGCCAUCAAAUCCCUCGCUGUCACAGCUCUCCCCUCCGAUCCUCGUCAAUGUUUGAUAUACGUAGGUACCUUCACCGGCGCCUUGUAUUUGCUGUCGGUAAACCCGGAUGCUACUCCCGAAAACCGCCUCUCCCUCCUCAAACAGACCGUGAUCGCAAAUGGGACGGCCUUAGUUUCCAUCCGAGUUGUUGGGACACUCGGUAAAGUCAUUGUGCUGGCCGGCGAUGGGUUUUUGUACUUGUUGGAGUCGUUCUUAGUCGAACCUGCGAAGAAGGUUAGUGCUGUUAAAGGGGGAGUUACUGUUUUUGCCCGUAGAUUUUUCAGUAAAAAUAAUGGUUACAAUAGGCAUGAGAGGUAUGAAGCUCAAUCCAAUGGCAGUAGCAGCAGUAGAAGUAGCUUCUUCGUGGCGGCUACAAGUAAGAAAUUGGUAUUUUUGGAGUUGAAUCCGAAUGGUGCGCUUGUUGUUGUGAAGGAAAUUGUGGGCGUUUUUGACGGGGCGAUAAUGGAUAUGGUAUGGGUUGAUGAUUCGGUGAUAUUCGGCAACAAGAGUGGUUAUUUUUUGUAUUCGUGUGUGAGUGGGCAAUGUGGAAUGAUCUUCUCUUUGCCAGAGUUGUCGAGGCCACAGUUGAAGUUGUUGGUUAAGGAAUGCCGAGUGUUGUUGGUGGUGGACAAUGUUGCUGUUACUGUAGAUACUGAUGGGCAGCCGGUGGGUGGUAGCUUUGUGUUUCAGGGUAUGCCUGAUUCUAUAGGGGAGAUUGGGUCACAUGUGGUAGUAGUGGUGAAGCGUGGGAAGGUAGAGGUGUAUCAUAAGCAAUCAGGAAACCGCGUGCAACUGGUAAUGCUUCCUGCCGAUGCAAGUGGUGAUUCAUGCCUUGUGACAGAUCAGGAGAAUGGAGGAGAGUAUGUGGUGAUAUCAACAAGUUCAAAGAUUAUUUGCUACCAGAAAGUGCCUUGGGAAGAACAAAUCAGAGACUUGUUACGCAAGAAGUGCUUCAAUGAAGCCAUUUCCUUGGCUGAAGAGCUCCAGGCUGAAGGUGAAAUCACCAAGGAAAUGUUAUCAAAUCUUCAUGCUCAAGUGGGACUCCUUUUGCUGUUUGACUUGCAAUUUGAAGAAGCAGUCGAUCAUUUCUUGCAUUCAGAAACCAUGCAACCUUCUGAACUUUUCCCUUUCAUUAUGGCGGACCCAAACCGCUGGUCGCUUCUGGUUCCAAGGAACCGCUAUUGGGGCUUGCAUCCUCCUCCUACUCUACUUGAAAAUGUCGUCGAUGAUGGAUUGAAAACUAUUCAAAGAGCUAUAUAUUUGAAAAAAGCAGGCGUUGAGACUAAUAUAGAUGAUGAGUUCCUUGUUAACCCACCGUCUAGAGCUCAAUUACUGGAGGCUGCAAUUAAAAACUUUAUUAGGUAUCUGGAAGUUUCUCGCAAUAAAGAGUUAUCCCCUUCAGUGAGAGAAGGAGUUGACACUCUUUUGAUGUACCUUUUUAGAGCACUCAAUAGUGUCGAUGAUAUGGAAAGACUAGCAUCUUCUGAGAACAGCUGUGUAGUGGAGGAACUGGAAAUGCUGUUGAAUGACUCUGGACAUCUAAGGACGCUUGCCUUUCUUUACGCUAGCAAGGGGAUGAGCUCUAAAGCUCUUGCUAUUUGGCGUAAGUUGGCUAGAGACUUUUCACCAAACUAUGGAGAUCAAGCUGCGAAAAUGAAGACUAUUACAUCUGGUCAGGAGACUGCUGUUGUUGAGGCUUCAAAUAUCUUGGAGAAGUCUUCCGACCAAGAUUUGGUAUUGCAGCACCUGGGAUGGAUUUCAGACAUCAGCCAGAUGCUUGCUGUUCAAGUUUUAAUCUCUGAUCAAAGAAGUGAUAUGCUUUCCCCAGAUGAGGUGAUUGCAGCUAUUGAUCCUAGAAAAGUGGAAAUUCUACAAAGAUAUCUUCAAUGGUUGAUUGAAGAUCAAGAUUCUGAUGAUACUCAAUUCCACACUAUGUAUGCACUUUUGCUUGCUAAGUCAUCACUGGAAACUUGGGAGAUUGAGCAUGAACUUAUGAGUUCUGGAGCUGUACUUUCAAGUGAAGGGCAGAUUGCCUAUUCUGGAAAGAACUCAAUUUUCGAGAGGCCGGUCAGAGAAAGAUUGCAGUCGUUUUUACAAUCUUCGGACUUGUAUGACCCUGAAGAGGUCCUUGACCUGAUUGAAGGAUCUGAACUGUGGCUUGAAAAGGCCAUUCUUUACCGGAAGCUUGGUCAAGAAACAUUAGCUCUACAAAUUUUAGCCCUAAAGCUUGAGGACUGUGAAGCUGCUGAACAAUACUGUGCAGAGAUUGGUAGACCGGAUGCCUAUAUGCAGUUGCUUGAAAUGUAUCUGGACCCAAAAGACGGGAAAGAGCCCAUGUUUAGUGCUGCUGUUCGCCUGCUGCACAAUCAUGGAGAAGCACUUGAUCCAUUGCAAGUCUUGGAGGUUCUUGAAUUUGUUUCCUUGAUUACUUAAAUGCUUGAUAUUUUCUGAACAGUUUUGUGAUUUUUGCUUAAAGUAUGUUGAUUUUAUUGACAAAGAGAACGUGGAGCUGCUAUCUAAUUUCACUUUUAUUUUACUAGGCAUACAAUGACUUUUGCCUAAGAACAAUUUAUCAUGCUUGUAUACUUAGUUUUCUCUUGAGUAGUUAUUCCUGAAUAGUAUGAUACCUUUGGUCGCAGAUAUUUGUGCAUAAGUCUUUGACUAAGUCUGCUGUCAUAAUCUUUUUUGGGUAUACCUUUGGCUCGGCAGCCCCUCUGUGGUUAUUAGAGAUCUAAAUAGAUCUUAAAACACUGAUGGUAUAAUUGCUUAUUUUACGUAGUCUGUUUCAAAUUUGAGUUCUCUCUUCAAUCAAUGUGAUAGUCUCGUCCUGUAUCGUAUUGAUGUGUCCAUCCAUUCUCUACAAAUGCUUUCAACGUAAAUUGCAAAAAUUAGAUUAUAGAUGUAAAUUCCAGCAUAUGUUCUGGUGCCACAUAUAGGAUGUACAGCUUGCAUUCAAUUUGAUUAUAGCCUUAUGCUAUUUCUUAUACUGAACUUAUGUUUUGUUUGCAGAGAUUGUCCCCUGACAUGCCCUUGCAGCUUGCCUCAGAGACUAUUUUGAGAAUGCUGAGGGCUCGGCAUCACCAUCAUCUGCAAGGACAAGUAAGUAGAGUCUGGCUGCCGAAGGGGAAAAGUAGCUUCUAUUAAUACUUUUUUUGUCUGCAUUUCCUGAAUAAUGAGAAAAUUUCGUUUGUUUCCUGUGUUUUGGAAUGCUAAAUGAGUCUUUGGAGAACAUUACAAUUGCUUUCGGGAAAUGUAAUACAGAUAGUUAACUUCAAAAAGGUGAAAUAUAAUUUGCUUCUCAGUUCACAAAGGCCAUUGUAGUGCUUGAUAGACAUCUCUGGUUAAUUUUGCAUGUGUUUCAGAGGGAAGUUACUUGACAUAAACUAUGAUGGUGAUUCACAAUCCACCAUCGAUCUUGUUUGUGAUGAGAAGUUCUUUUCAUUUUUAUCUUGGUAUCUGAUUUGUUUUUUAUUGGUUGUGGUCCAUUUUUAUACACGUUUUUUAUGCAAACGUUAAUGAUCUGCUUGUUUAUACUGACAAGUUGAUCAGAUGGCUUGCGGAUGUUUGCUUGUGUAGUGUAUUAGAGUAGUGCAGAAUUCUUUCUCUCUGUAUUGUGAAAUAGCUUUCUGCUAUCCACUCAAGGUAUAUUGCUCCUUUAUUCUUCCUAGAUCGUUCACAGUCUUUCCCGUGCUUUGGAUGUUGAUGCAAGCUUGGCAAGAAUGGAGGAAAGAUCACGGCAUGUGUUGAUCAAUGAUGAGAGUGUCUGUGAUUCUUGUCAUGCUCGGCUUGGAACUAAAUUAUUUGCAGUUUAUCCUGAUGAUACCAUUGUCUGUUAUAAGGUCUGAUACUUCCUCUCCCAUUAGCUUUUUAAGUUCUGGUUACUUCUAUACUGUAUUUGCAUUAGUUUUCUGACAGCAAAUUCGAAAUUAGUAGCUAUCUAGUUUCUGGUGUCUUGGUGAUGCUCAGUGUGGUUCGACUGAAGCACUCAUUGAAAUGAAUUUCUACUUCACAGAAAAGAAAUGAAAUUAGAAAAUAAUGCAGUUGAUAUUAUCGUUCAAGUUUGCCAUUAGCUAAUCACAUAACGGGCCUCAUGGCAAAUUUUCUGUAUUUGACAUAUUGACUAUAGUUCAAAUCAGUUGAAUGGAACAUCACUCAUCUGGUAUACUUCUUUGCAGUGUUUCCGUCGCCAAGGUGAGUCAACAUCUGUCACAGGACGUAAUUUCAAGCAGGAUAUAUCGCAUAAACCAGGCUGGUUGGUGACUAGAUGACCAUGUAAAGGUAGAUUCAUCAUUGGACCUUGACCUAGCAAUGUGGCAUUAUCAAGGCUCGAGGUGUUAAAUUGCAUGUUACCUGGCGAAUGAAGCUGGAAAUGGAUAGAUUUUUGGAUAUUGUGUAGCCAAGGAGCGUAACUGCCUAUUUCAAGCUGUUGAGGCUUAAAAAGCCAACAGAUGGGAGUCAUUUUUGCAGUAACCGGGAAUCCCGCCUUUUCUUUUAACAGCCUGAUAAGCUUAUCUCCCCAGGCAGAUUGCUUUACUUUCGGCAGCAAGUUGCUUUCUAUAAGAACCCUUGUGCUAUCACAGUUCGAAAGCAGUGGAAGCCAGACUUAGUUAGAUCCACUUACAGCCUGUAAAUGAAUAUGAUGGUCGUGAAUGAAGAUUGUUCAUAUGCUUUGUCCUGUUAAAUCUGAUGAGACAAGUGAAAGUGUUUCCGCUGCUGUUGCAUCAAAAUCUUGUAAAUUGGUUGACAUUGUAAAUGAUUAUUUGAUGAUUAUGAAUUAAUGAUCAUUGUUCGGUCUCAUUGGAUAAUCAUUCAAACAG